AUGGGUUCAAGACAGAGACACGAUGUCUUACCACCACCCAAUUGGCCAGAAUCCAUAACAUAUAUUCAAAAACCACGAUUAUCAACAAAUUUUCCUUCUCCUCUAAUCCCCCUCAUAUCUCCAAGUGGGUCUUUUAAUCCUAGUAUAACAAAACAUCCUUCUCAUGUUCAAAUCAGAUGUAUAUCUCAAGUCAGCCAUCCGGCAAAUGGUCAGAAUGGGUUAUUCGCAAAAACCAAGAUAAAACCAAAUGAGUUGAUCAUACCUUAUAACGGUGUCAUACAUUCUAGUUUCAUAUCUGAAAAUACAUAUCAUGAUGAUCAAGCCAAAAAUGGUAUGGAUAACGAUAAUGUCAAAGGUAACGAUAAACAAAGACCAGAUGAGUUAGACGAACAUGAAGAGAGUGAUUAUGAUUUAUCCCUUCUACGUAUAUCAUCAUCUCAAAUCAAUAAUCCUUUUCCAGGAUAUCAUGUCUCGAUUGGAAUUGACGCUGCCCAAAUGGGUAAUGCAGCUAGAUUCGUUAAUGAUUAUCGAGGUGUCAAAAAUCAACCGAAUGCUGAAUUCAGAAUUGGGAAUGGUGAAAAGGGUGAAUUGAGAAUGGAAAUCUGGACUUUGAAGAAAUCAAUGGGUAUUUCAAAAGGUGAUGAAAUAUUGGUUAGUUAUGGUAAAGGUUGGUGGGGGUCUAGAAAAUAA